GUGUGUGUGUGUGUGUGUGUGUGUGUGUGUGUGUGUGUGUGUGUGUGUGUGUGUGUGUGUGUGUGUGUGUGUGUGUGUGUGUGUGUGUGUGUGUGUGUGUGUGUGUGUGUGUGUGUGUGUGUGUGUGUGUGUGUGUGUGUGUGUGUGUGUGUGUGUGUGUGUGUGUGUGUGUGUGUGUGUGUGUGUGACUUUAAGCUCGGCUUUGUGCAAAUUCCUUUUAGCAGUUUGUUUUUAAAAACCUACUGGUAGCACAUGCUCAUUUGUUGGAGGACUAUUUGUUUAUUUUAGCUGGUGUCACUAACAAAACUGUGUGGAAAAGGAAGAAGAAGAAGAAGAAGAAGAAGAGGGAUGGAGGCUGGCAGUGUAAGCCCCGCCCCCUCUCAUCCCUCGCGUAUAAAUAGGAGGCGAACAGAGCCUGUUCUCACUCCACACUUGCACUAAAGAAUGAGAUCCUUAAAGCACCUGAAACCUCACAGCAGGAGGAGCGUGGAGGAGGCGAGCCGGCGCCUGGGUAGAUGUGAGCCCAAGGUAAUGGCCAGGCUGGUGGACAUAGGCACACAAACAGAUCCUGUAGUCGUGCUGUCCUUGGCCCAGGCUGCCGUGCUAGGUCUCAUCUCCCAGAAUGAAGUGUUCGGAGCUACUAUUGCACCCAACGGCUUCUACACCGGCGAACCCAAAGAGUCCCCUGCACCACCAGUAGACGGAGUCGACUACGAGUACGCAGACCAGCUUAUCGGAGCCAACGGAGACUACCUUGGAGACAACUUAGGAGAAGACGGACAGAUGCAACCCAGCUGCAGCCAGAGGAGGUGGCAACAGGGGCCGCCUCAACAUCCUGACGCCAAAAUGGUCGUCCCUGACCGCAUCAGUCUCCAGAGCGGUGACGUGCCAUCGUCCCAUGUUAAAGGGGAAGUUGUGAACUCUGGAAUGCCCUCCUGUGUCCACAUGCUGAACAAUCUGGCUCCCAGAGGUGGAUUAGUACAGGUGGAUCCUGCCACCCUCAGAGGCACUAACAAGAACUGUGUAGAGUGUGAGCGGGAAGCCUCCAACCAGCAGCAAGCCAACACACAUGUUCACCCUCCUCCCCCUCAGGUGGGCCACAGAGGAGGAGAGCAGGGUCACAGAGGACUGCAGGCCCAGCGUCCAAUGGGGGCCCAUGGCCGAGGCGGCAGAGAGGAUGAAGAAAACGUAGAGCACCAGGGGAACAGCAUGAUGAAGCCCUCGCAGCAGGACGAGGCCAUCAGCAGCUACUUCCAGACGAGCGAGGUCGGCAGCUACGAUUCGGGCGAGAUGGGCAUGGGGGCCGAGUACGAAGACAGCAGCCAGAGCAUGAUGUGGAACGAUGGGAGCGGAGGGGGGCAGCACCAGCAGCCUCCGCACCCGCAGCCUCCCCGGCGGCACGGUGGCCGCAGAGUUGACCGGCUAGAUAUCAACAUUCAGAUCGAUGAGUCGUACUGUGUGGAUGUGGGAGACGGUCUGAAGCGCUGGAAGUGCCGCAUGUGUGAUAAGUCUUACACCUCCAAGUACAACCUGGUCACGCACAUCCUGGGCCACAACGGCAUCAAACCUCACGCUUGUCCGCACUGUGGGAAGCUCUUCAAGCAGCCAAGCCACCUUCAAACCCAUCUGCUGACCCACCAAGGUACUCGCCCUCACAAGUGCACCGUCUGCAAGAAGGGCUUCACCCAGACGAGCCACCUGAAGAGACACAUGCUCCAACACACUGACGUCAAGCCGUACAGCUGCCGCUUCUGCCGCCGCGGCUUCGCCUACCCCAGCGAGCUGCGGGCGCACGAGGUGAAGCACGAGCGAGGGCGAUGUCAUGUCUGCUCGCAGUGCGGCAUGGAGUUCCCCACGUACGCCCACCUCAAGCGCCACCAGACCAGCCACCAGGGCCCCCACACCUUCCAGUGCACCGAGUGCAAUAAGUCGUUUGCUUACCGCAGCCAGCUCCAGAACCACCUGCUGAAGCACCAGAGCCCGAGGCCUUACACCUGCUCCCAGUGUGGCCUGGAGUUUGUGCAGCUUCACCAUCUACGUCAGCACUCGCUCACUCAUAAGGGAAUGAAAGGCCACAAGUGUGACGUGUGUUCCCGGGAGUUCACCUUGUCUGCCAACCUGAAGAGGCACAUGCUAAUCCACAACAGUGUCAGACCCUUCCAGUGUCACGUCUGCUUCAAGAGCUUCAUCCAGAAGCAGACCCUCAAGACCCACAUGAUCGUCCACCUGCCUGUUAAACCCUUCAAAUGCAAGGUUUGUGGCAAGUCUUUCAACAGAAUGUACAACCUGCUGGGCCACAUGCAUCUCCAUGCUGGCAGUAAGCCCUUCAAGUGUCCUUACUGCACGAGUAAGUUCAACCUGAAAGGAAACCUGAGCAGACACAUGAAGGUCAAACACGGGAUGGAUGUCUCACCGGAAGGACAAGAAGUUCUUCCAGAGAUGGAGAGCCAGGGGGAGUAUGAAGGACAGAACUUCAGCUUUACAUCACCAGAAAAUAUGAACAAUGGUGGCUCCCAGAACCUCACCAAACUCACCACAGCAAACAUGGAGGACAUGGAGGAAUAUUACAAUUUUGGGAAGGAUACAAGCAGCUACAGUACCCCCUGAGAAGUGAUGGGACCAGAGUGUUUUUUUUUAUUGUUAUCAUUUUAAAGGCAGAAGGAAAUUACAGAGUUGUUGUGAAGGCUUUGAGAGGCACUGGGGGGGGGGAGAGAUUUUCUUUUAGUUUUUGGCCUCCUUCCAGAAGAGCCAGAACUACUGGACUCUGAUGGGAAGCCAGGAAGGAGACGCACUUCUUCUAAGGAGACGUUUCAGCUCUGGUGCUGAUAGCAGCGGACACUGAAACUCUUGACUUCUUGAGCUCCUUUUUUGGGAUUAGUGCGCUUGCCGACUCAAAGACUCUCACUGGCGGACAGUCGAAUCUUCAUGUUGUGCGUCUGUAUCAGUUAUUUUGAAGAAGAAAAAAAAACAUCAGUUACAUUUGAUGUGAUAAAAAUGUGUUUACCAUUUUGCCAUUUUUAUCAUUCACAACCAAUGUAUGCCCUUUUUCUUUUUGACUGAAAGUGCCAGCUAGAAACAUUUGCAACAAAGUUUUUACUGUGUCGGCUAUUUACUCACUGUAUAUCGAACUUUUGAUACAUGGUCACAACAUAUUCAUAGGUUUGAAUGCUCUUACUAAACAGUUUCUAAUUGUAGUAACUCCUUCCUGCCCAGUCCUCAGUUUUGAACAGACUUCCUUCAAUAUGCAUGUGCUUUUAAGCACAGGACAUUGUAGCCUUAUUCUUGAUGGGGCACUUACAAUCUGUCAAAUGUUAGCUAAUAUCUAAAAAAACAAAGUUUCAAAACAAUGUUACUGACAUGUAAAACCCUUUCACUGUACAAAGGAUUCUUCAACAUGCAGUGUGUUUACCUCCCACCUCUGCUCCACGUGGUUCAGCCUAACAUCAAUAAUCGAUCUGGUGUAGUAAACAUACAGCUCUUGUUUUGGAAUCACUGAGCGAAAAAUACAAAGCACUUUUUUAUCGAGACCUGACUUCCUUUCUGUCGACUCAUUUGCAUCUGGAUGAAAUAUGAUAGAAUCGUUCAAGCCCCCAUAAAGGCAAUAUAAUAUUAAACACAAACAGAUAUGCUUUCUAAGAAGGUUUGUUUUUGUAAUCACUUUCCUUCAUAUUGUUAUUCAAAUCUGUCCGUUCAAAAGCAAAUUGAAGAAGAGCAGUUUGUAUGGACGAUUGUCAGUUCAGGUUUUUUGUUGUGUGUAGUUUGAACACUCUUUAACUCUUCUCUUCCAGUUCAGUAAAUUCAGUGAGAGAACAAGAAAAGAGAGAGAUGUGGAUCAAAUCUGAGCUGUAAGUUUAAAAGAAGAAAAUAAAUAACUUGGAGGUCCUGUUUACAUUCUGAAUGAUUGAACUGAAAGUUGACAACGUCGUAGACUUGUCCUGCUUUUCAUGUUUCUGUUUGGGGAAGACGGUCAGCUUCCCCUGUCCUGCCAUGCGGGUCAGCCUUGUUAUGCACACUAAAUCUGAGGAAUGGGCUUCUUGUUCUUUUUGGAAAGGAGGAAUAUCAAACUGAGACCUCAUGGAAAUGAACCAUGAAUUAUUUAAUAAAGGUUCUAUAGUUUAAAAAGAUGAAGACUGCUUUUUGAAAAUGUUCUGCAGAGUCAGGUAUUUGUGGCCACACUAGUACAUCUCGCUAUGAAGCAAUGAUUUCGGUGAUGCUUUUACAUUUCCUCAAAUGUAAAAAUAAAAAAAGGUAUUUAUUGAA